CUCGCUUUGUAUCAUGUGUGACUUAAUGCCGGUCUCUGCCACUCUGUCUGCAGUCGGUCGUACCGGAGAAACCGAAGCGCUGGAUUCAAGUGUUUAACCCGGCACUCUGUGGCUGUGAGACACUCAAUUCCUGUGGACAGCUGGGAUGCGCUGUGGUCUGGAUGGCUAACGGACAGGGUCACGGACCAAUCACAUGACAAGAUGCUGGCUCGCAACCGCUUCCUCCUCCUCGUGGUGGUGGGCGGGGCAGCACUGGCCAUCAUCAGUCUCAGUCUUCAGUUCUUGAACCUGAUCCCAACCACUCCCAUAGUGGAGGAGCAACCCUUCCAGGCUAUUGAUGGAGGCCUUGGUGUGGGUCUGGGGAAGAGCAGAAAGAGAGUUUUCCUGGUGCCUCACACUCAGGAGCCUAACCCUGUAUCUGAAGCCUAUGGCUACUGCAACAUUCCAAACCGCACAGAACAGGCCUGGGAGGGUCACAGUCCUGCCGACUACAAGCUGCUCUCUGUCCAGGUGAUGAUUCGCCAUGGAGACCGUUACCCACUCUACUCCAUCCCAAAGACCAAACGACCCGCCAUCGACUGCACCCUGUCCAUCAGGAGGAGGCCUUCCCACCCCCUACUGAGCUCCUUCAUCAGUCACAUGGGCCAGGGAGGGCGUGGCCACUGGGAGUCACUACUGGGCUCUGUUCCCCGUCUGCCCAACCACAGUGUUUGUGAGAUGGGAGAACUCACACAGACAGGUGUGGUACAGCACCUACGCAACGGGCAGCUUCUCCAACAAGCCUACAAGCGUCACAAUCUCCUCCCUGCCGAUUGGUCGCCCCGCCAGUUGUGGGUAGAGACCACAGGCAAGAGCCGGACUGUCCAGAGUGGACUGGCCUUCCUCUAUGGCUUCCUCCCAGACUUUGACUGGACGAAGCUAACAGUGCGUCACCAGUGGAGCACAUUGUUCUGCGGUUCAGCCUGUGAUUGCCCUGCCAGGAACAGAUAUCUGGAGGAGGAGCAGAGGAGGCAGUAUCGGCUCCGGGUGGCCGAUACUGAGCUGGAGAGGACUUACGCCGACAUGGCACAGACUUUGGGUCUGCUUACCCGCCAGCUCCGAGCUGCAAACCCUAUAGACUCCCUCCUGUGCCACCUGUGCCACGGCCUGUCUUUCCCAUGCGUUCCCAUGGGAGAUACUGGCACCGGUGGAUGUCUGACAAUGGCACAGUUUGGUGUGAUCCGUCAGCAGCAGCUAGAUGAUGAGGUAGAUCGGAGAAGAGUGGGGCUGUACCACAAAUACGCCAUCCUGGCUAUGUACCCCUACCUCAACCGAACCGCUGCCAAGAUGGAACGUGUUGCCAAGGCCAGUGAGCCUGGCCGACGGCCUCGAGCAGGGGGCGAGGAAGUCUUCACCCUCUCUUCAGCUCAUGACGUCACCAUGGCCCCAUUGCUGAGUGCCCUGGGACUGGAGGAGGCCAGGUUCCCACGUUUUGCAGCAAGAGUGGUGUUUGAACUGUGGAAGAGUCCCCCAAUGACUCAAGGGCAGCAGAAGAAGAGAACUGGCAAAGGUAAUAAGUCGAAAGCGAAAGAUGGCGAACUGUUCAUCAGGGUGCUGUACAAUGGCGAGGACGUGACAUUUCAUACCACCUUCUGUCGCUCCCACGACCGCCAUGCCAGCCAGCCCCUCUGCCCUCUGAAGAACUUCCUGUCUUUUGUCAGGAGAGACAUGUUCAGUGUUGUCAAUGCUACAUCCUACCAGGGGGCCUGCUACAGACGCCCUGGUUGAAAGAAAGACUGGAGACGAGGAUGAAUGAGAAAAGAUGCAGAGUUGGCAGAUCAUUGUACUUUCCUUGUCUUUUAGUUCUCUACUUUUGAAGAUGGUGCACUUUUAUGUAGCUCAGUGUAUAAAAAUUCCACAUAUUUUUAAAUCUAGUCCUUAACAUCCAUGAGGACUAAGUGACUGGCAAACGCACACUUUACUGCACAUCACAUCUUGGUCGGAAGUCUUCAGUUUCUAACCUCUCUAAAAACUUCAAAAUUCUCUUUUGAAUAUUGUAUCUUUGCUCAAGCAAAUCUGUAAGGGGAGUUGUACAGCACUUAGCCACUUUAUUCCUACAUUCCAUAAUACCAUGGAAUUGUAAAAUUCCAGUAUUCCCAAAUGCCUGCUAGUAAAAAGGGAAUAUAAAAGAUGGAAAUACUACGCUGGAUUAAACAUUCUUGGGAAAUAUUUUGUGUAUAAUAAUCUUUUCAGUGAAAAUACUCGUUGGGCUACUUUUGGCCACAUUAGUCAAUAUGACUAACUCAUUUGUGAUUUAGCAUUUCUUUGAGUUGUAAUGUUUAUUCAUUGCAGUAGCUGUCUCUUUAACAUCAAGGUUUAUUUCUACUUUCACUCAGUGAUGUGGAUCUUUUUCUUCCAUUGCUUUAUUAAAAUUGACUGCGGUACUUUGAAAAUGGCAAGUGAUAAGUGUUUUUUCCUUACAUUAAUUUACAACUACAGGACAUUUGUAUUUAUAUUAAUUGGUGAUAUAACUGGUCACAUUCCACUUUUUGUUUUUGCUUGAAGGAUACUUAAUCUAAUUGUAAUACAAUAUUCAAUCUGAUUAGACAUUUAUACUGUAAAGCACAUACGGAGUAAAAUAAAUACUCAUGUUUUCCUUGUAUAUGUUUCAGUGGUAUUUUUAUAUCAGUUUUGCUUGGUUUGCUGAUAAGUUGUUUCUUCACUAUAUUUUGGUAUAAGCAAAAAUCCCAACGUUGCAUUAUAUGC